AUGUUUAAGAGGUGUUUGAUAUUUUUGGUAAUAUCCAUAUUUAGCAUAGCCCUAGUUGUAUAUAAGAGAAUAAAGCAUGAAAGCGUGAACGAGGAGUACUAUAAUGGAGGGAGAGAUACCGGUGGGGCAGGAGGCAGGCCUCCAUGGGGAGGUACGGGUGAGUGUAGCUUGAAUGGAGAAUUUUGCACCAUGGAUUACAGCGAUAUUGGUAUCGAACAGGAUGAAUACAAAAUUGUGCAUUACAAAGACACACGGAUUAAUAAAGUAAAGAAAGGACUCAAGCAAAUUUUCCAACCUUUCUUCACAGAAAUGAAAAGUGAAACGAAUCGAAAGCAUAUCAUUUCUUUAUUUUUAGAGGUCUUUGAAAAUUCAAAAGUUUUCCUAACUGUCUCCUUGCGCUCAAGUUAUCAUAUGCUUUACGCCUACGGAAUACUGUUAAUAUCUUUCCUCAAAAUUCUAUUCUUAUGGUACAUAAUUUUAGAGCCAUAUUUACAGUGGCUCCUUCUGAAGCUAAAAAUUAUGUAUAUAAAUUUGGACUACAAAACGAAGAAGUACGUUAUGACCAUGUUGUGCACAUUUUUAACUGUUCUCUAUCUUAUUUAUUCUGGAGUUAUAAAAUAUAUUUUAAAUAAGAUUACCAAGUUUUACAAAUAUUUAAUGAAGAAAGUUUUCAAAAUUAAUAAAUUUUUGUUCAAUAUAUUGCCAUAUUUGUUGAGCUCCUUGUUGUACGUCACUUUGGUGAAGACCCUACCGAUGUCGUUCAUUUCGUUUUUUAUCUAUUCGAUUUUUUUUCCCCUGCCUUCCGUCUACUCUGUCGUUAUCAUUUUGAAAUAUGUAUACUCGUCCAACAUUAGGGAGUGCCUUAUUGAUAGCGUUACACAUAAGUUGAAUUCUUCCAAAUAUAUUAAUGCCAUGAGUCAGUAUGGCAUCCUGAGGGACGGCGAGCUCGCGGAAGAAGGCGAAGUUGAAAAGGCAGGUGAAGAAGAAAAAGCGGAUGAGGUUGAAAAAGUGGAUGAAGUUGAAAAAGUGGAUGAAGUUGAAAAAACGGAUGAAGUUGAAAAAGCAGAUGAAGGCGAAAAAGAAGUUGAAGGCGAAAAAGAAGGUGAAGGCGAAAAAGAAGGUGAAGGCGAAAAAGAAGGUGAAGGCGAAAAAGUGAAUGAAGUUGAAAAAGAAAAUGAUCACAGAACAACUGAGCUGAAAACGGGCAAGCUUAAGGCGGACCAACCGAACGACUCCAAGAAGAAAAAGUUCUCCCUCUUCAGCCUGGAAAACUUUGGCUUUAACUCCAGAAAGAAGGACCGAAGCGGAGAAGCGGUCGAAAACGAGAACCGAAACAGCUGGUCGAGGGGAGACCCCCCCACGCGCAACCGCAGACAAAGCAGCAUUUGCGAAUCCGUAGGAGAAUCCAAAGCGGAGGAUGAAAACAGGGCAUCGUACUAUGAUGUGCCCAUUUUACUAGAAUAUUGGCUCUUUAUAAACAUUUUAAAAUUUUUAAACUUUUUUUUUCCGGAAUUACAACAAAACCUCGUUCAUAGUGUGUUAGUCAGCACAGUCGAUUUUGUCUUAUACACCUUAUUCAACGUCAGGCUGGAAAACGAAGAAAAGAAAGGGAAAAAAAACGCAGAGUCAGAUAUGCAAUAUAACGAGAGAAGCAAUUUACUAAUUAGGAUAUCAAAAAUAGUAAAGGAUAAGAUGAAGUUAAACGAAACAGUUAAAUUCAGCCUUACCUGUCUCAAGUCAGUCAUUACAGAAAAUGUGGUUGAAAGUGUUCAGCUGCCAUUUUAUAUAAAAAUUUUUAUUAACCUCUUAAUAUACAUGCCGCAACUUAUCCUUUUAAUUUUCCCGUCCUUUAUCCUUAAAAUAUAUUUUGCCUAUUUCUUUUUUAUUUUCCCAAUAUUUGGAUCUCUCAAAUGUUUAGAAGAAAAAAAUUCAAUACAUAACAAAAUUUACUUCAUAUGUUAUUUUUUCUUUUACAACAUUGCAUCGGCCACUGUAAACCAUGCCUUUUUCAAGUGUUUGCCUUUUUACAAUUUAUACAAAAUUUUAAUUACGAUAUCUGUUCAAACUGUUCUUAAAUAUAUUCUUAAUGUCCUCAAGGGCGACGAGCUCUACGUUAAGGUUUACGCAGCUUUUGCACUGCUCAUUUGGGGUGAACUGUUCUUUUCUUAUAAAGAGAUCGGUACAACUGGUGUCCUUCCCUUUUCAUAA